AUGGCCAAAUGCAUAGGCAAUAACCAAGUUGAAAUAGUUCCAUAUGAAUGUAAGCCUAUUAGGAACAUAACUUGCAGCAAUGGAAAGAAACCAGUUCUCGUGUAUGAUGAGUACCAGUGCUGUCAACAAUACGCUUGUGACUGUGAAUGUGAAGGAUGGGGGGAUCCUCAUUACAUUACCUUUGAUGGUUUUUACUACAGUUAUCAAGGAAACUGUACUUAUGUUUUAAUGGAAGAAAUUGAAAGAAAGUAUCACUUAAAGGUUUACAUUGAUAACGUGAUUUGUGAUCCCAAUGAAGAUGUUUCCUGUCCUCGAUCUAUUAUUAUUUCAUAUGGAUCACAUGUUUUCAAUUUGACAAAUCAUAACCUAAUCGGAAGAGCAGAUUUGGAGGCACUGAAAAAUGGAGUACAUCUGAAACUACCUUAUUCACAGUAUGGUGUUAAGAUCACGAAUUCAGGAUUUGACUUGGUUUUGGAGAUCCCAUUACUAGAAGUGGUCAUUACAUUCGGAAGAACUGGCUUCAGUGUUAAUCUUCCAUAUAAAUAUUUUGGCAAAAACACCCAGGGUCAUUGUGGAACAUGCAACAAUAACCAGACUGAUGACUGCAUGUUGCCUGGAGGUCGGCUGGUAGAAAGUUGUGCAGUGAUGGCUGACCACUGGCCUGCGAAAGAUAUUGGCCAACAUAAAUGUACUAUACCGCCUGCCAUACCUCCAAGUGUGACUGCCAUAACUCAAUGCAAGAAACAGUCCAUGUGUGAGCUGCUUAAGAGCAGUCUCUUUGCAGAGUGCCAUCCUAUUAUCUCUCCAGAGAAUUUCUACAGAGGUUGCAUUUUUGAUAGCUGCUAUAUUGAAAAAAACGAAGUGCUAUGCGCAAGUUUGCAAACUUAUGCAUCAGCCUGUGCUCAGGCUGGAGUUUGCAUUUACUGGAGGAACCACACCCAAACAGAAAAGUGGUGUGCCAUAGACUGCCCAUCAAGCCAAGUUUACAAGCCUUGUGGUCCUGCGGAUCGGCCAACCUGUGAAGACACUCCUUACGAACCCACCAUGAACUUCACUACUGAGGGCUGCUUUUGUCCUGAAGGAAUGAAACUUUUCAGCAAAGAGUCCAACAUAUAUGUGAAAACAUGUGGAUGUCUUGAUCCUGAAGGUAAUUCUCGUGAGUUCAAUGAAAGAUUUGAGCUCAAAUGCCAGAACUGCACCUGUGGAGAAUCCACAAAGACUGUGACUUGCAAGCCUAAGGAGUGCCCAAAACCAAACGUAACAGAAUGCUCUGAUGAUGGAUUUGUCCUCAUCAAGCAAACUGAUCCAUCAGAUCCCUGCUGUUCUACCCCUGUUUGCCAGUGUAAACCUGGCAGUUGCCCAGACAUACAUGUGACAUGUUCGAUUGGAGAAAAGCCAGUUGUCAGUGUUCCCAAGGGAAAAUGCUGUUCAGAACUUAAAUGCGAGCCUAAAAAUGUUUGUGUUCGCAAUGGGAUUGAGUACCAGCCUGGUUCUUCAGUUCCUGGGUCUGUAUGUCAGGAGUGUACAUGUGAGGCUGAGCAAAAUUCUACUGUAUUCAAAAUAAGCUGUGAGGAUCAGGAAUGUAACAAAUCUUGUGACAUAGGAUAUGAAUAUGUGAAAACUGGUUCAGAUGAAUGCUGCGGGAAGUGUGUGCAGACACACUGUGUUGUCAAUAUUAACGGAGCCAAGCAACUCUUGUCUCAAGGAGAAACCUGGUCACCAACUGAGAAUAGGUGUGAUAAAUAUACCUGUGUUAAGAAUGGUGAGAUCUUAACAACAAGCACUUCACACACAGUCUGCCCAGUACUCAAUGAAAGCAGCUGUCAACCUGGCACAAUUCAAACUGCAGCAAACGGCUGUUGUAAAAUUUGUGUGGAGAAGGAGAAGGCAUGCAAGUUAAGGUCCAUGAAAACCAAUAUUACACACAAUAACUGUACAUCUGCCCAGGAGGUAGAUAUGCCAUAUUGUGAAGGAUCUUGCAACACUUACACCAUGUACUCUAAAGCAGCAGCAGCUAUGCAGCAUUCUUGCUCCUGCUGUAAGGAGACACGCCUCAGCAAUCACACUGUAGACCUGGUCUGCCCAAAUGGAGACAGUUACUCCUACACAUACAUGUAUGUGGAGGAGUGUGGUUGUACCAACACAGAGUGCAUCGCAGCUGCUGGACAACAUAUUCGCAGGAAGCGAAGCUUCACACUGCUGUGAUAAACCAGUUCAUGUAUGAGGGACAUAGAUAUUUCCUCCCAUAUUAUUAAAGCAAUCAUUACAUAUAUACAAAAUAAAUGCCAAUAUAAAGAGAGCAUUUAUGAACAUUGAUUCAAUAAAAAGGAUGCAACUCA